UACUGAGAGGGUGUUAGCAUAGUUAGCUACCUGAGAUAAACAACCAGGGCUCCGGCGAGUCUCUUACGACAUCUCCGCUGGACUUUGCCAAAUCAGAAGUCUGCUUUACCCCCAGUAGGGUUGACCUGUGCCACUGACCAUGGCUGUCAGCUGUCCGUGUCUUAUUUAGUCCAGCUAACGUGAGCUAAGUGGCUUGGCGAGCUAGCUCUAUGUAUGCCCAGCUAAAACAGGUUAGCUAGCUAGCUCGGUUGCUAGCUUGUCGGCUAGCGAGGUGGAGACCAAGAACGGGGAGAUGCGAGAGAAGCGAGGGUGGCCUCGAAUGACUAAAUGAGCAAGUUAGGCAAGUGUGUAGAAGUCUGGGAGAGUCAACAUGAAGUUGUAUGUGUUCCAGGUCAACAAUGGCUGCACGCUGACAUUUGACACUGACCUUGCUGUCCAAACUGUACUGGAGCUUAAACAUGCCAUCCAAGCCAAAUAUAAGAUUGCAACUCAACAUCAAGUCCUUGUUGUCAAUGGAGGGGAAUGUAUGGCUGCAGAGAGACGAGUCUGCAGCUACAGUGCUGGCACUGAAACCAAUCCCAUAUUCUUGUUCAACAAAGAGAUGAUCUUGUGUGACCGGGAUCCAACGAUCCCCAAAACCACCUUCUCGAUUGAGAGUGAGAUUCAAGUCCGGGUGGAGGAGUCUCUACUGAUGCCAGCUGUUUUUCACACUGUUGCCUCACGAACACAACUUGCUCUGGAAAUGUUUGAAGUUGCCACGAAACUUUGCACUUUCUGUGAACGUUUGGUUCAUGAUGAACACCUUCAACACCAAGGCUGGGCUGCCAUCAUGGCUAAUCUGGACGACUGCACUCUGUCUUAUCAGAAGUUGCUAGUGAAGUUUGAUGCUUCAUACUCAAAUUAUCAACAUGAGUUGGAAGAAAUUAAGGUGAAACUUACAAAGUUAGGGACAGCGGUUUCUGUAAUGGCUAGGAUACCUCUGCUGGAAAGUUUGACAAGACACAGUUACAGAGAGAGCAUGGAGAAUUCCAGUCCAACCCCAGGAAAGGAUUCAGAUGGGACAGAAGAAGAAAAGUCCUCUGAGUCUGCGCGCUACACUGCUGAGGCAAAGAGGCCCCCCAAGUUAUCAGCAUCCUUCUCUGCUUCACAAGCGGCCACAUGUAAGCCAACCGGUGACCAUGAAACAAAUGAAAUGACUGACAGGGGUGGGCUGAGAGCUGCGCUAUUAGAUGAUGAUGAUGAGGAUGAUGAUGAUGACGACGAUGACGACACCCCAGAGUUUGCCAACCCGUCCUCCUUCAAUGUCACACUAUUAGACUGGAUCAACGUGCAAGACAGACCCAAUGAUGUGGAAUCAGUUGUGAGGAAAUGCUUUGACUCCAUCAAUAGGCUUGACCCACGGGUCAUUCAACCCUUCCUGACAGAUUGUCGUGACACUAUUAAUAAGUUGGAUAAUCAAAACAUGAAAGCCAUCAAGGGGCUUGAGGACAGGUUGUAUGCUCUCGACCAAAUGAUUGCAAGCUGCAAGAAGUUGGUGAACGAACAAAAAGAACUUGCUCAGGGAUUUUUGGCCAAUCAGAAGCGUGCUGAAAACCUGAAGGAUACGUCUGUUCUGCCCGACUUGUGUCUGAGUCACACCAACCAGCUGAUGAUCAUGCUGAACAACCACAGGAAGCUGCUCGACAUCAAAAAGAAGUGCACUACUGCCAAACAAGAACUUGCAAACAACCUUCAAGUCAGACUCAAAUGGUGCUGCUACGUGAUGCUUCAUGCAGACCAGGACAGUGAGAAGCUUCAGGCUCUACUCAGACUCCUGACAGAGCUAUUGGAACGAGUCAGAGUGGUGGAGGCCCUCAGUACUGUGCCCCAGAUGUACUGCUUGGCGGUGGUGGAAGUUGUGAGAAGAAAAAUGUUUAUGCGCCACUACAGAGAGUGGGCCUAUGCACUUGUGAAGGAUGGCAAACGACUGUACGAGGCCGAGAAAUUCAAAAGGGAAUCCUUCGGGAAACUCUUUAGGAAGUCUUUCCUCAGAAAUCGUUUGUUUAGAGGACUGGAUUCAUGGCCUCCAACAUCAUUCUGUACACGAAAGCCGAGAAGGUUUGACGAUGAACUUCCAGACAUUUCACUUGACGACCUGCAGUUCUUGAAAACUUGUUGUCCUGUGGAGGUGCAGCCUUUCCUUAUGGUUCCUACAAUGUGUGACUUUGAGCCCUUAAAUCGUCAUGUAGAGACGCUUCACCAGCUGGUUCAAGCAGCACUGAGUGUGGAUGAGAUGACCCAAACUAUCACUGACCUGUUGAACGAACAAAGGGUAUCCUAUUCUCAUAGCGCUCACAGAUCAACCACGCAGACCCCACAGUCUGAAAGUACACCUGGGAGCACCACACCGGGGUCCUCCAAAACCCCCACCUCUCUUGGCCUUCAGGGUCCAGGCUGCCAACCCCUUCACGUUCCUGUCCCAGCUCCUUUGGAGGACCUGUCCCCAGACAGCAUUGAUGCACAAACGUUUGACUUUGAAACCAUCGGCCAUCCGAACAUGGACCCAGUCCUGCAGCAGGGCUCCCUCGACCUGGAUUCUCUAGCAGAGAGCCCAGAGUCUGAUUUCAUGUCUGCUGUCAAUGAGUUUGUGAUCGAAGGGAACUUGACCUCCCCGAACCCCAUCAGUGACCCUACUAGCCCUGAUAUGAUGGUAGAGUCUCUAUACUCUUCAGUGAUCAACGCCAUCGACAAUAAGCGUAUGCAGGACACCACAACACUAGAGAGGGAGAAUUUUAGGAUCACUGUCCUCAAAAAAGUUAUUGAGAAGUAUCAGUCUGCUGCAGAGGAGUCCCAUUCCAACGUAAGAAGUGUAAAGGAUGACCUCCAUCACUUACGAGGUCUAGUGUUUAAAGAACAACAUGACUUUGGCUUUGUCCUGAGGAAUAUGACCACAGAGGUGCACAACGUUGUGGACAACUUCUGCCUGACCCAUGAACUGAAGUUGAAGGAGCAGCAUCAAAGUGAGCUGCUCUCUGUUCGGCAAGAGCUUGAGAAGCGGGUUCAGACACUAACGGAGGAAAACCAAGUAAACCAGAACAUUGUGAGGGACGUCCAGCGUGCGAUGCUGGAGCUGGAGGGCCGUAUGGAGCACAAAGAGAAAGAACUUUCUCAUCUCGAGAAUGAGAGAGAGCGGUGGAUGGAAACGGAGAGAGGCCAGACGGAUAGGAUCAAAAACCUGGAGCAGAUGAUCAGUGAUCAAGCUGAAGAGAUCAAGAUGCUUUCAGCCGCAAGAGACUCCCUGACCAGCCAACUUGAGAAUCUGCACAUUGAGAUCGAACGUGGCCAGCAGAGGAUUCGAGAGGAGUUGGAAGCUGUGGAGCAAUCUCACUUAAAGGAGUUGGAGGUCAGAAUGAUGCAGGAGCACAAGGCACAGCUGGAGACUCUUACCCAGCAGAAUAAGGAGGCUCUGGAACAUCUGGCUUCUGAAAACAGUGCAAAUAUAAAUGAGGCCGCUGAUCAACAUGCCACUGCUCUUAAAGAGAAAGAAAACCAGAUCAAGGACUUGGAGGCUCGUAUAACUGAGCUUGGUGAGCUCCGUUGCAAACUCGAGAUGGAGUUGGUCCUCAAAGAGUCAGAGACUGAGGAGGUGAAACUCUUAUUUGAGGAGGCCAAGACUCAGCAGGCCGAGACUGUGAAGUCUCAGGUUGAGGCUGAGACCAAUGUCCUCGGCAAAGAGCUGGCAGACAUCAAAAAGCAGCUUCAGGUAAAAAAUGAGGAGUAUGAAGUGGGCCUGGCAGAGCUGAGGAGUCUCAUGAGGAGGGAGAAGGACAACUGUAUCUCUGAGCUGGUGGACAGACACGAGGAGGAAAUUAUCUUGUUGCGCAAUGAGCUCUGCUCCCUGCAGCAGCAGUCCCAGGAUGGUGAGAGGAACCAUUCGGAGCAGAAACAGAAACUUAAGCAGGAAUUAGAGCAGCAAGUGGCUCAAAGUGAAGAGAAAGAAAAGCAGUUCACCAGCUUCCGAGAACUGGAGCAAGAGCAGAGGACUCUCGUCAACAAACUACAGACAGAAAACGAUCUGCUCUCCCAAAAAGUAGAGCAGGACAGACGAGCCACUGAGACGGAACUAGAAAAACAAGAGUCCACCAAUGUGGCAUCAUCAGAAGCCUUUAAAGAGUUGGAGCAGCAGAAGGAGGAGAUGGAAAACAGACUGUUAAAGAAAAUCAAAGAACUUGAGAGUGAGCUUCAUGAGAGACUAUCUUCAAAAAGUGAUGAAGGGUCUUCGCUGCACGCUGAGGAACUCGCAGAUGCCGCAGCGCCUCUGUCUCUGGACUCUGCACUACAAGAGCAGAUGCAGCAGGAGAGGGCCUCGCUGCUGUCCCAGAUAGAGCUCCUGGAGAAGAAGAAGAAUGAGGAGAUACAGAACCUCAAGACAUCACUAAUCGCAGAAUCGCAGACUAACUUCAACACUGUUCUAACCCGAGAGAAGCUGAAGAAUGAGCAGAUCAUCCAUGACCUUGCAGAGAAGCUUCAGAAUGUGACCCAACAGCAGGAGAGGGACAAAGCUCUGAUAGAGUCUCUCUCUGAGGACCGGGCGAGUGUCAUGCAGGAGAAGAAGCACUUGGAAGAAGAGCUUAAUCGCCUGCGCUGCACUGCACUGGUCUCCUCUGCCUUCUUCACCCCUCACCCAUCAGCUCUGGAGGUCACAGAGGCGGGAGCAUCAGGAGCACUAGGAGCAUCAGUAGCAGGAGCAGCAGCAGCCAGAGCUCUGUAUGUAGCUGGGUCCUGCUCCUCUGAGCCCAUGGCUGAAACUGACCGACUGGCCUCUGUAGCAGCCAUACGAGAUGACGAAAAUGUCGACUCAGCGGUGGAGGCCAGCAUGGUGACAUCCCAUGAUAAUAUCCUGAUGUCAGAGGAGAAACAGCGGAUACUCCUACUCGAGAGGACUUUACACAUGAAGGAAGAAGAAAACAAGCGCCUCAGUCAAAGACUGAUGUCUCAGAGCAUGUCGUCUGUGUCAUCACGGCAUUCAGACAAAAUCGCCAUCAGAGACUUCCAGGUCGGUGAUUUGGUUCUUAUCAUCCUGGAUGAAAGACACGACAACUAUGUGCUGUUCACGGUCGGACCCACUCUCUACUUCCUCCACUCGGAGUCUCUCACUGCACUGGACCUCAAACCAGCUUCAGGGACAUCAAGACGGCCGUGGGUUCUUGGAAAAGUGAUGGAAAAGGAAUAUUGCCAGGCAAAGAAGGCCCAGAACAGGUUCAAGGUCCCUUUAGGAACCAAGUUCUACAGAGUGAAAGCUGUUCCAUGGAACAGAAAAGUAUAAUAGUCGAGUUAUCAGCUAAAAUGUAUAUUUAUAUUGCUUAAUUUUUGAUCAGAAACUUGACAUCGUAAUUCAUAACUUGAAAAACGAAAGACCUUAAAAAUGGAGAGAAUUAAGAUCAUCAUCAUACACUUUUUGAAUUUCAGUUCAAAAUCCCAACUGCUACCACGUUUUUGUUUUCUUUUAUAACCCAGUUUUGUUAUCGUGGACCAAAUGCUAUUAACCUUAUUAGGGCAUUGCCCUAUACACUGUGGCAUAACGCCAUCUGACCUGUGUGUAAAAUUGAACAAAAUUUGGAUGUUAAAUAUUAGUUCUCAUUAUCAGCCUUUGUCCUUUUGUGGAAAAAAAUGUGUCAUUAUCAGCAUAAUUAAAUGAAAAUAUACAUUUAUUAUAAAUGUUUAUGGAGGAAUGUUCAUGGCAUGCAUAUUGAUAUAUUUUCUUUGAUUUACUUAUCCAGAUAAAUGUUGUAGUUGGAAAUGUAGUUAAUGCUGUUUGUUACUCACAAAGCAGAAUGGCCCUCUGUCAAUACUGAAAUGUACAUUACGGCCGACUGAUGACAACAGUCGUCUUUGCAAUCCUUGAAAUGCACUUUCAAAAAAAAAACAUGCUUUUGUUGAAUUGAAAAGGGAAGUGAUUGAGCUGCAGAACUAAGUAAAUAUAUCAGCACAAACUUCUCACUAUCAUAGAAUAUUGAUAUGUAGAAAGGAAAACUUUGUGACUGUGUUUCAUUAUCGGAUGACAUUGUACAUUACCCAUGAAUUCACACAUGUAACAAUAAAUGACUGUAUUGUAAAAGAUAGAGUUUUGAAACAAUAAAGGAUUGAUCCCAAA